AUGACAUUCGCCGCGUUUUGCGGCGUGUUUCUGAUUGGCUUCGGACCGGCCAUUGCCGUGAUUGCCGUGACCGUAUCGCGACAGGCGUUCCUCUCGCUCGUUACUCUCACCAGCACCUUCUAUUGGCUCAUCACACUCCUCGCAAUCGCCUUCUUUUGGCGUCCCUUCAUCGCCCUCACUGCUCUCUCCGACUUCUUCCUCCUCCUCCUCAUUCUCUCUGCUGUUGCUGCCCAAGAGGUCUCCCGACAGCUGCUCUGUCAAAUGCUAUUUCGCCUGGAGCGAGGUCUAAACGCCAUAGCUGCUGCAAGACGCCUGCCCCCGCUCUCCCCUCUCAACACCUUCCACCUUUCUCUUGCUACCGGUCUGGGCCAUGGCAUCGCUCACUCCCUCUUCCUCUUCCUCAGCGUCUCCUCACCCGCCAUCGGCCCUGCCACCUUCUACUCCUGGCGCUGCCCCCAGCUGCCGCUUGUUGUGCUCUCAGCCAUUGCCUCUGCAGCGUUCCUCAUAAUACACUCGCUGGGAAUGGUGCUGGCCUAUGACGCACACAAGGCGCAGCUUAUCAAGGGGACAGAAUUCGCUCCAGGAACACAGUCAAGCAGAGAAGCAGAGGCAGUGCAAGAGAGGCAGCCUUUAAGGAGUACUGAAGCAGCAGCAGCAAGAGCAGCAGCAGGAAGCACACAAGCAGCAGAUGAAGGGCAGUUGGGGCAGGUGUCAGAGUGGCGCUUCUCCUUUCCCUCCACGCCUCAAGAGAUGAAGGCUCCUGCGAUUCACGCAGCAGCAGCAGUGUGU